GAAGAGCGUGAGAAGGGGGCACACACGCACUUGGCACCCGCCCCGCGUGCGCUCGGCUCCUCUCGGGGACUCUCCGCUCCUCCUAGCCCCGAACAGGUUGGAUGGUACAAUGCUGUUCUCCAGACAGCCUUUCAUCUCCCAUACCCAGAUGACACACUGGCCUUCGUUGUCCUGAGCACGCCUUCAAUGUUUGACAAAGCCCUUAAGCCUUUUGUGAAAAAAGAACGGUUAAAAAUAAUCAAGGACCCUGUGGACCAGUGUGUUUCUCAUCAUUUAUCAUGUGUGAAGGAGAAAUUUCCUAACCAGAAGGUGGACAUCAUCUGUGAUUAUGAGAUCCUGCCAAACCGGAAGCCCAAAUUCUUGGCACAGACAGCUGCCCAUGUUGCAGGAGCAGCAUAUUACUACCAGAGGAAGGACAUGAAGCUUGAUCCUUGGGGGAAAAAGAAGAUCUAUGGCGUAUGUAUCCAUCCCAAGUAUGGCGGCUGGUUUGCUAUCCGGGCUCUCCUCCUGUUCCCGGAUAUUCAGGUACCAUUCCUGCAACAGUCUGCCCCUAUUGACUGUGUGAGCACAGAGGAAAAAAGAAUUGAGUUGCUGGAGCAGUUCAAUUUCCACUGGCAAGAUUGGCGCUACAGGGACAUAAUUGAAGUGAAGGAAAAGUACUCAGAGGAGCAGAAAGCCUACUUUUCCACUCCUCCUGCAGAGAGAUUCAGACUGCUAGGCCUGCCAGGAGAAGCCCAUAGAAACACAUUUCACUGAGCAACACGGUUUCCUGAAGGAGCAAAGUGUGAGUGAAGUGCAAGUCACUAGCACCUUUUUUUUUUCCUGUGGUGCUGAGGAGGUAGAUGUGCUGAAUCAGAGAGGGUAAAUCUGAGCAGCUGUGUACAGCAUCUCAGUCCAAACAUCAGCUUCCUAGAACAUGAGGGAGCAUUGCAUCAUAGUACUACUGACCUUGAGGAAGGUGGGAGCAAUCUGUUCCAUGCUGUGGCUGAUUGAAUGUGUGUUUUUCAAGUCUGGCAAGAUGCCCAUUAGCCUUUAGCUGGGCAAUGUUCACACAUCUUUGCACUGGAAAACCCAUGCUGCUAAUUAGAAAAGUCAUGUGUCGUCUUAAGAAUUUUCUUUCCAAAUGUUUUGGAUUUAUUCUGUGUAAGAGUUAAAAAAAAAAAAAAAAAAUACAUUUUCAGUCAUUGUACUCUGAAAUAAUUUUUCUUCAGAAUGAACUCUGGGCAGAUACUUUUUAGAUGUAUCCAGCACUUUAUUACCCUGUGUCAUAACUCUCCAUGGGAAACAUCUUCAAUCUUUUCAGCCUUGUCCUCCUCAGAAAAAAAAGGUGUUUUGCAUUUCUUCACCUUUAGUAGAAGCUGGCUUAAUUUAAUUAAGAAAUCUUUUAAUGUCUCCUCCCCUUAACCUCUAGAAAAAAAAAUCUCAAGAGAUUGUUUCAGUAAGUAGCAUAGUCCUGUACAUGGAACAGGGCUGAACGAAAUACAACUCAACACCAGCCUCCUUUUUCAGGAUUGUUAUGAAAGAGAAAGUGAUGGUAAAAGGUCACGGACUAAGUCUCAUGUAUUUCCUUUACACUUAGUGUCAGCUUCUCAAAACAAAGUGAAGUCUUUAGGUCAAUCUUAAGAACUUACCACUGUAUAGAGCAGCUUAUGUAUCUUGUGAGUAGAGUUUUAGUCAUAUUAAGCUGAUUGACUAAAAAAUAAAAUUUCCACAACCCUUUUCUAAGGUAGGUGACAUUUGAAUUUAGAUAAUUUCCAGUGUCAUGCCAGCUAUACCAUGGUUUUACUACAAGUUUCCGGUUGUAUUUUCUGUUUUUGUGUGAGGGAGAUCAUAAGCUUGCACACACACAGCAACCAUUACAGAAAACUGUUACAUGCACGGACAACAAAGCAGAGGGGAAAAAAGAGGGAAAAUACGCAUGAUAUACAUAUUAGUGAUAUUACUGGAUAACACAUUUUCAGACAAAAAUAUAACUUUCUCUUUUUAGAUGACUAUCUUUGAUUUAUUCAGAGUUCAAAGUAGCACUGGGAAUCAGGAAUUAAUUUAUCUUAGAGCACUUUGAGGCUCAGGCUUUAUGAAAAUAACAUGUAAUAAAAUAAUACUUUGUGAAAGUUUUGGUACUUGAUUGUGAUGCAAAGCUGCAAGUUGCUAAGCACUUUCUUCCUUUCCUUGAUAUCAAUGUGAUUUUACAAAAAUACUCACUUUGCAGAACUAAGCCUUUUGUUUUUAUUUCAUAUUGUAGUCCUUCAUAGCUUUUAGAGACCUAACACCAAGGUUACUCUCACACUAAGUCAUUACUUGGUAUGUUUUUUCCUAGUCUGUAUUCUAAAUCAGCAAAACCAAGAUUCAGCAUAGCUUUUUUUUUUUUUUUCCUCUCUCUCUAAAUUACGUAGUGCGCUUGUGAUCAUUGGGCUUGUUCAGUCUACUUGCUGUUACUAAAACAUCUGUGUUACUUUCCAUGCUUUUGUUCACCACAUUUCACUAAGGCACACACUUGAUUUACUGUAUGAUAAUAGUAUAGUGAUCUUUAAUUUAAAUAAAAUAAUUUAUUUUUUUUUUUGAUACAGAAUUGCUUCUGUUGAGAUGUUGGUUGGCUUUUUCAGAACUUUCUAAUUGAACUGUAAUUUUACAGGGACUUGAGUUAAUGGUUUCAUAUUAGUAACAUAUACAAAAUAAUGAUUUUCCUAGAAGAUACAGAA